AUGGACAUGCACGUCUUCCGGCAGCAGUCCCCAGUACAAUAUAUGUGAGCAGAUGAUCCAAAUCAGAGAAGACCAUAUGCGUUUCAUAUCAGAACUGGCUCGUUACAGCAACAGUGAGGUGGUGACUGGGUCUGGUCGACAGGAAGCUCAAAAAACAGAUGCAGAGUAUCGGAAGCUCUUUGAUCUCUCUCUCCAAGGCCUGCAGCUUCUCUCCCAGUGGAGUGCACAUGUCAUGGAAGUGUAUUCGUGGAAGCUGGUGCACCCAACUGACAAAUACUCUAAUAAAGAUUGUCCUGACAAUGCGGAAGAGUAUGAAAGAGCAACAAGAUACAAUUAUACUAGUGAGGAGAAGUUUGCUUUGGUUGAGGUGAUUGCCAUGAUCAAAGGUCUUCAGGUGCUGAUGGGAAGGAUGGAAAGUGUUUUCAAUCAUGCCAUUCGCCAUACCAUUUAUGCAGCUCUUCAGGACUUUGCCCAGGUCACACUGAGGGAGCCAUUAAGACAAGCCAUUAAAAAGAAGAAAAACGUCAUUCAGAGUGUUUUGCAGGCCAUCAGGAAGACGGUCUGUGACUGGGAAGCGGGUCACGAGCCGUUCAAUGACCCAGCCCUAAGGGGAGAGAAGGACCCCAAAAGUGGCUUUGACAUCAAAGUCCCAAGGCGUGCAGUGGGACCCUCCAGCACUCAGCUUUACAUGGUGAGAACUAUGUUAGAGUCCCUCAUUGCUGACAAAAGUGGUUCCAAGAAAACCUUGAGAAGUAGCCUUGAGGGGCCCACCAUAUUGGACAUAGAAAAAUUCCAUCGCGAGUCUUUCUUCUACACUCAUUUGAUAAAUUUCAGUGAAACCCUCCAGCAAUGCUGUGAUCUGUCCCAACUGUGGUUCAGGGAAUUCUUCUUAGAGCUGACCAUGGGCAGAAGAAUCCAGUUUCCCAUUGAGAUGUCCAUGCCUUGGAUUCUGACGGACCAUAUUUUGGAGACCAAAGAGUCAUCAAUGAUGGAGUAUGUUCUGUACUCUUUGGACCUUUAUAAUGACAGUGCUCAUUAUGCACUUACUAAAUUUAAGAAGCAGUUCCUCUAUGAUGAGAUUGAGGCAGAGGUAAACCUGUGUUUUGACCAAUUUGUCUACAAGCUGGCAGACCAAAUAUUUGCGUACUACAAGGCAAUGGCUGGCAGCCUGCUUCUGGAUAAACGAUUGCGUUCGGAGUGCAAGAAUCAGGGAGCAACCAUCCAGUUGCUACAGUCCAACCGCUACGAGACACUCCUGAAACAGCGACAUGUCCAACUUCUUGGUAGGUCAAUAGACCUGAACCGACUGAUCACUCAGCGCAUUUCAGCUGCCAUGUACAGGUCAAUGGAACUGGCAAUCGGUCGAUUUGAAAGUGAGGAUUUGACUUCCAUUGUGGAGCUGGAUGGCUUGAUAGAGAUAAACAAAAUGACUCACAAGCUUCUGAGCAGAUACAUGACCUUGGACAGCUUUGAUGCCAUGUUCAGGGAAGCCAACCACAAUGUGUCAGCCCCUUAUGGAAGAAUCACUCUCCACGUCUUUUGGGAACUCAAUUACGAUUUCCUUCCAAACUACUGCUACAAUGGCUCCACUAACAGAUUUGUUCGGACCGUGCUACCGUUUUCUCAGGAGUUUCAGAGAGAUAAGCAGCCUAAUGCGCAGCCACAGUAUCUCUAUGGAUCAAAGGUUGGAUUUAAUUCCCUUUAUAUUUAUGGUUUGCUAAUGUUUAAAG